GAAUGAACCAGAAAAUUCUGUAGCCUCUCUCUCUCUCUAUCUCUUUCCCUUUCUCCCUUGGUUCACAUUAAUCCUAGCUAGCUUACAGCUAAUAAACCAAAUAAAACGGCGAUGACACAGAAACACUUUGUUCUCGUCCAUGGUUCAUGCCACGGAGCUUGGUGCUGGUACAAGCUGAAGCCCCUCCUGGAAUCCGGCGGCCAUAAAGUGACGGCGCUAGACCUCGCCGCCUCCGGCGUCAACCCCAAACAGCUCCACCACCUCCGCACGCUGCACGACUAUACGUUGCCGUUGAUGGAGUUCAUGUCGGCGCUUCCCGACGGAGAGAAAGUUAUCCUGGUGGGCCACAGCUUCGGUGGCUUCAACAUAGCCCUCGCCAUGGAAAACUAUCCUCACAAGAUUUCAGUUGCUGUUUUCUUGACAGCAUUCAUGCCUGAUUCUGUUCAUUCACCCACCUAUGUCUUGGGUCAGUUUAAUGAGCUCACACCUGCUGAGAUUUGGUUGGAUACUCAAUUUUUAUCCUAUGAUACACCAGAAGAUCCUCUUAGAACCUUGAUUUUUGGUCCCCAAUUCAUGUCUAAGAAACUCUACCAAUUGUGCUCCCCCGAAGAUAUUGCACUUGGGGGCUUGUUGAUUAGGCCAAGUUCUUAUUUUACGGAGGAUUUACCAAAGCUCAAAAAGUUCACUGAUGAAGGUUAUGGUUCAGUUAAGCGAGUUUACAUUAUUUGCUCCGAAGAUCAAGCCAUAACAUUAGAUUUUCAACGUUGGCUUAUCGAAAACAUUGGGGUAGUUGAAGUGAAGGAGAUUAAAGAUGCAGACCACAUGGCAAUGCUUUCAAAACCCCAACAACUUUGCCAGUAUCUCUUAGAGAUAGAUAGUGAUGAAUAGAAUCACUCAUUUGGUGUUCAUUCAAUUUACAAUGUUGAAUUGUUUCUUAAUUGUUUGGAUGUUUUAUGCUUCAUAUUCUUCGUUGAACUAUGUUUUGUCUGUCUGUGCUUUGUAAGAUAUGAUGUCUUUUUGGUUUGGAUUUUGUUUUUGAUAAUUUGUAAUCUUUUUGAA